AUGGGCAUAGAGAUUGAAUCAUACGCUCCAGAGCCCAUCACACUCGCCGUCAUCGGCUGCGGGAACCGGGGCAGGGCAUACACGAACUAUGCGCUCCAGGAGCCCGCGAGAUGCAAGAUCGUCGCCAUCGCCGAGCCGCGCCCCAAGACGCGCAAGCUAAUGACGGAUGCGCAUCUCGUCGACCAGACGCUCGUCUUUCACUCGUACCAGGACCUGCUGCAGGCGUCUGCGGAGACGAUCAAGACCGUUGGAAAGCGCCUUGCGGACGCAGUCAUCGUCGCCGUGCAGGAUCAGAUGCACCUCGAGGUCGUGCUCGCGUUUGCGGAGCAAGGAUACCAUGUCUUGUGCGAGAAGCCCAUGGCGACCUCUAUCGAACAUUGUAUUAAGAUUGAGGAGGCCGUGAAGAAGGCAGGCAUCAUCUUCGGCAUGGGCCAUGUUCUCCGCUACUCGCCGUACAAUAAAGCCGUGACAGACGUUAUCCGUUCCGGGACCCUUGGCGAACUGAUAAAUGUCGUUCAUGUCGAGCCCAUUGGAUAUUUCCACUUUGCCCACUCCUACGUGCGAGGGAACUGGGCGAGAGAAGAAGAGAGCUGCUUCGCGCUCAUGACCAAGAGUUGCCACGAUAUCGACAUUUUGUGCCAUUGGCUCUCCCCAGGCACACCAACGCGUGUUUCAUCAUUCGGCUCCCUGCAGCACUUCCGCAAGGAGAGAAAGCCCAAAGAAGCUGGUGAUGCAACUCGUUGUCUUGACUGUACCAAUGAGAGCGAUUGUCCAUAUAGCGCCAAGAAGAUAUACCUCGACGCUGUCUCCAAAGGCAAGACCACUUGGCCAGUGAACGUCCUUGUAGAUGGCAUCCCAGAUAUCGAGAAUAUUACUGAUGCACUGAGACAUGGUCCGUACGGCCAAUGUGUCUAUGAAAGUGACAACAAUGUUUGCGACAACCAGGUCGUGAACAUGGAGUUCUCGACCGGCGCGACCGUCUCGUUCACCAUGAUCGCGCAGACUGAGAAGAUCUGCGAGCGCCAGUCGCGCCUGGCGUUCUCGCACGGCGAGAUCGUCGGCGACAUGAACACAUUCACCGUUUGCGACUUCCGCACGGGCAAGACAACGCUGCACACGCCCAAGAACGAGGGCGGCGGGCAUGGCGGCGGGGACCUCGGCCUCAUCCGCACGUUCAUCGAGGCCGUGCUCACGGGCCGCCAGGAGCUACUCGGCACCGACGUAAGCGACGUGCUGAAGAGUCACCUGACGGUGUUCGCGGCAGAGCAAAGUCGGAGGGAUAGUGCAGUGGUUGACUGUGCGCAGUUCGAGCGGGAGGCGAAGGCUAGGGUCCUUGGGUGA